UUGGAUUCAAGGUAGCCUUCCUGGAAGCUGGUAAAAGUCUCGUUCGCGUUUAUCGAUCAAGGUAAACUCGUAAUAGCCUCAAGCAUCCUAAGUGACGAACAUAUCAGUGGCGACGGUGCUUUUGGAAAUAUGGAUCCUGCCAAACUCGAAUUACUACUUGAGCAGCAGCUGAAACUGAUGCAGAUGUUGACAGACAUGAAGAUUUCCCCUUCCACACAGCCCAGCUCAUCUAAUGCAACCACAGCUCCAUCGGUCGACGGCAUCGCAAAUAGCAUAUCUGAAUUUCAUUAUGAUCCUGAUGCGAAUGUCACUUUUGACAUGUGGUUCCGGCGUUAUGAAGAUUUAUUUAAAUUUGACUUCGCCAACCAAGAUGAUGCUUGGAAGGUUCGGCUGCUACUUCGAAAGUUGGGCGCAAGUGAGCUGGAUAAGUACUGUAAUUUGAUCCUGCCUUUGAACCCACGAGAUUGUUCGUUUUCUGAGACUGUCCAGACUUUAAGCCAACACUUUGGAGACAACUCGUCACUAUUUAAUACUCGUUAUCGAUGUUUGAAGCUUAUUAUGAACGAAGAUGAUGAUUUUCUUACGCACGUGGGCAUCGUCAACCGUGAAUGCGAACGUUUUCGGUUGAAGUCUUUGUCGGAAGACCAGUUCAAAGCCCUUAUACUCAUCUGCAGCCUCCAGUCGAGUAAGUUUAGUGACAUUAGAACAAGGCUACUAAGUCGGUUGGAGCAAGAUCCAAAGCUUACGCUUAAUGAUAUGGCUCAUGAGUACCAACGUCUCACUAACCUACAACGAGACUCGACUAUAGUUCAGAGUGGUAGUUCAAGCCGAUCUGAAAUUCAUUUGGUACAGCAGCCACCUAAUCAUUAUAAGUCUGCCCGUGCUACACCCAGUUCACCCCGCUCCAAUUCGGCCCAAAAAUCCAAAAUGAAUCCACCUUCUGCUUGCUGGCACUGCGGUUCAUGGCACUAUGUACGGAACUGCCCAUUUAGGCAGCAUAGAUGCAAGAAGUGUAAAGUCAUCGGUCAUAAAGAUGGCUUUUGCCUACAGAAAAAGCCAAAGCGAUCCAGAAGUGCUAAGAAGCCUGUUCCUAGAUCCAGUACCAAUGCAUUGAGCUUAAUAUCUUCCUGCCAGAGCUCAUCACCAGAAUGCAAAUAGAUACUGCAUCUGAUGUCACUAUCCUCUCACGCAAAAAUUGGACCAAGUUGGGCAGCCCAAGCCUGCAGCACACAACACAAAAGCCUCGUACAGCAUGUGGUAAUUAUCUUCGUCUGUUAGGACAAUUGGAAUGUAAAGUUGCUUUCCGAGAUUCGUCGUUUACUGGGGUAUGCUAUAUAACGCCAGCUGAUCUAAAUUUACUUGGUUUAGAUUGGUUCGACCAGCUAAAAUUGGCUGAUGUCCCGCUAAAUACCAUAUGCAACCUGGUAUCACAACGACAUGACCCAGAAGCGUAUACGAAGAAGCUGAUGACAGAGUUUUCAACCAUUUUUGAACCUGGAUUAGGUCGGUGCACUGCUAUGAAAGCAACACUUCGGCUGAAACAUGGGGCUAAGCCUGCUUUUCGUCCAAAGAGACCUGUACCGUAUGCUACAUUAGCAACAGUAGAUGAAGAGCUGGAUCGCCUUCAACGACAAGGAGUUAUUACUCCCGUUUCUUACUCCAGUUGGGCAGCACCUAUAGUCGUUAUCAAGAAGGCCAACGGCACGAUACGUAUAUGUGCUGACUUUUCUACAGGUCUCAACGCAGCUCUAGAACAGCAUCAUUAUCCUCUGCCAGUCCCAGCAGAUCUGUUCACUAUGCUAAAUGGAGGAAAGUUCUUCGCAAAGCUUGACCUAGCUGAUGCUUAUUUGCAAGUGGAAGUCGAUGAAGCAUCUAAAGAGCUGCUUACUAUCAACACUCAUCGUGGUUUGUUCCAGUAUAACCGUCUACCUUUUGGAGUUAAGACUGCCCCGUCUAUCUUCCAACAACUAAUGGAUACUAUCCUGUCAGAUAUCUCAGGGGUUGCAGCUUAUCUCGAUGAUAUCUUGAUUGUUGCGAAGACGUUAGAACAGCUACGGGAACGCACGACAUUGGUACUACAACGCAUCAGUGACAAUGGUUUCCGGUUACGCCCAGAAAAAUGCCAGUUUCUAUUGCAGUCGGUAAAGUAUUUGGGAUUCAUCUUUGAUGCCGACGGUCGCAGACCGGAUCCUGAAAACAUCCGAGCUAUCAAACUGAU